AUGACGGAAACGAGAGACUUCUCUCAACUACCAGAUGAUAUCAAAGAAUACAUAUCGACGCUGCAAAAUGAUAAUAAACGUUACGUCGAUGAGGUACAAGCAUUACAAACGCAAUUGAAUAACAUCACGGCAGUGGUAGACUUCGCCGAUUCAACCAAAAUAGCCGAAAUCGCUGAUCUAAAGCAAAGACAUCAACAGGAGCUUGCAACAAUCAAUAUUCUCAUGGAAGAAACUAUUCGUGAUCGUAUUGGAGAUGCACGAGGAAAGUAUGAUAAUGAAUUGAAUAAUCUACGACGAAAAUACGAAGUACUCCAGCAAGAAAAUUAUGAAUUGAAGUCCAAAGUGAUGGAUGAAAAAGAUAGUGUUAUAGCAACUAUAUCUCGAUCAUUACGUGAUAAAUUAACAUCGAACCAGUCAACUUUAGCACAAGAGAACGAAAAUCUCGAGGAAGAUAUGAGAAAAGCACAAGAAAGUACUUUAAUGUUAAAAUCAGUCAUCAUUCCAUUAGAAGCAGAAAUCAAUCAAUUGAAAAGUCAACUAAAAGACGCAAAAGAUAAGAUUGUCGAGCUUGAAACAUUGCCACGUGAAGUGAAAAUCUCUUUUCCUUCCAACGAACAAGACAAUCAAGAACUUUCCAAAGAUGCACCGUCUGAUGAACAACAAUCAACUACAAAUGACGCAACAUCAUCACUUUCAUCGUAUGAGCUAGCCAUCGUUCGUCUCAAUGCUUAUUGUUCGAAAUUAAAAGAUCAAAUUCAAGAAGUAACAAUGAAAUUAAAUGAAAGUCAAACUGCUGAAAAGCACGCUAGUGACGAACGGGACAAAUAUAUUCAAAUCUAUGCACGUACUCAUGAUCGAUUUUUAGCAUUCGAGAAAAAACAAUUAGAACAGAUGCGUCGAUUAUUGACGAUAUUAACAUACGAUCAAUUGAAAGUUUUAACCGAAUCAUGUACAAGUCAAUCUCAGCAGUCCGACAAUAGUUCCUCAGCUCUAGCAACUGCAAAUGACAAUGCAGAAUUGGAUGCUGCACGUCAUCAUAAAACAGAAGCCGAUUGGGACGAGUUGCUCUUACAGAAGACGAUGAGUAAUAACUACGGACGAAAAAUCAGUCAAGUAAUGGAUUUAUCUCAGAAGUUUUGCGAUAAAUGUUCUCAACAACGUGAUGAAAAUAACAAAUUACUUCUGUUGAAUACACAAAAACAAGAAGAAAAUGUCAAAUUAUUAUUCGAUUUGUCAUUGGCCAAAGCUGAACAUGAAAAAGAACAACAGAUACGCUUGCAACUCGAAAAGCAACUUUCCGAAACAAAUACAAUCAGCGAACAAUUAUCGAUUUUGAAAACCAAAGCCGACAAGAACGACGUUGAUUUUCGUGAUAUGAAAUCUCAUUAUGAUAAUUUAUUUGCUGAACAAGUGAAUAAUAUAAAAAAGCUCGUGAAAGAACGUGAACUACUGCAUUUAUACAUCCAGCGAUUGGAAGCUGAAAAUACUUCGUUAGCUGCCAUUACUAACGACAAUGAAACCGCCAAGUUAUUGACUUACUCAUCCCAAGCACCGACAACAUUCGAAGAUGCGUGGGGUUUGAUUGUUAAACUACGUGAAGAAAUCAUUCAGCAAUUGAAAAUAAAGGAAAAGUUGAAAAAUGAUAUUCAACAAUUGCAAUACAAUCACAAAGCUGAUAUUCGAGAACGAGAACAAAUUGAACAUCUACUCAAUCGCGACUUGAAUGCUGCAAAAGAUGAGAUCAUUGUGUUGCAAAGUUUACAAACUGAAUAUGAACGUGUCAUGAGCCUGAAGAAGGAUCUGGAAAAACAGUUAGAUGAACGUGCUAAUGAAUUGAAGACAACAAAAGCAGUUGCCAAUUCGUUUACAAAUCAACUAAAAGAGAAACUUGAACAAAUCACUAGUGCCAAAGCUCAUCUGGAUGAAGAAAAUGCGGCAUUACGUGUUCAAAUCCAAAAGUUGAAAGUUGAUUUAGAAAAUAACGAAUUAGUUCAACAUGAUUUUGUUAAACUCUCCCAAUCGCUUCAAGUAGAAUUAGAAGAAAUCAGAAAUUCGGAACAUCAAUUACGUUGGCAACCUGAGGAAGAUUAUUCGGAAUGUCAACGUUGCCAUUCACAAUUUUCCGUCACUUGGCGGAAGCAUCAUUGUCGUCAUUGUGGUAAAGUCCUUUGUAAAGAUUGUACUAAUAAAACUAUUUAUACUGGUCCAAAUAAUCGUUCAUCUCGUGUGUGUGAUGUCUGUUAUACGUUACUUGUCAAAGAUUCUCAACCAUAUUUUCACUCAUCUGUGCCCGAUAUCUGA